AUGGCGGGAGGUGAAUUGUACCUCGCCGUUUUGAUGCUCGCAUGCGCCGCAGUUUUGGUUCGAUCGGAUCACCAGUACAAGGUCGCUGAUCCAGUGCCCCUUUAUGCCAAUAAAGUCGGACCGUUUCAUAACCCUAGUGAAACAUACAGAUACUUUGAUCUUCCUUUCUGUUCUCCAGAGCAAAUAAAAGAGAAAAAGGAAGCACUAGGGGAAGUUCUGAAUGGAGAUCGUCUAGUUAGUGCCCCAUACAGAAUUGAAUUCUUGCAAGACAGAGACUCUGAAGUUGUCUGCAAAAAGAAACUAAACAAGAAAGAAGUUGCACAAUUUCGAAAGGCAGUCUUGAAGGACUACUAUUUUGAAAUGUACUUUGAUGAUCUGCCCAUCUGGGGCUUCCUAGGCAGAGUCGAAAGAGAUGGAAAAUCUGACCCCGAAGAGCACAAAUACUAUCUAUUCAAGCACCUUCAUUUCGAGAUUUUCUACAAUAAAGAUCGUGUUAUCGAAGUUAAUGCACGGGCUGACCCCAAUGCUCUCGCAGAUGUCACUGUGGACAAGGAGAUUGAUCUUGAACUCAUGUAUUCAGUAAAAUGGAAAGAAACAGACACUCCUUUUGAGAGGAGAAUGGAGAAGUACUCGCAGUCAUCCUCACAGCCGCGCCACUUGGAGAUUCAUUGGUUUUCAAUAAUCAAUUCUUGCGUGACUGUUCUCCUUCUAACUGGUUUCCUUGCCACUAUUCUGAUGCGUGUCCUUAAGAAUGAUUUCAUCAAGUAUGCUCAUGACGAGGAGAUAGCUGAUGAUCAAGAAGAAACUGGUUGGAAGUACAUCCAUGGCGAUGUAUUCAGGUUCCCAAAAUUCAAAUCUUUAUUUGCAGCAGCCCUUGGUUCCGGCACUCAACUCUUUACCCUCACGGUAUUUAUCUUCAUCCUUGCAUUGGUUGGUGUAUUCUAUCCCUACAACCGCGGAGCUCUGUUCACUUCUCUGGUCAUCGUUUAUGCACUUACAUCAGGGAUUGCAGGAUAUACUGCAGCUUCUUUCUAUCGCCAGCUAGAAGGAACCAAUUGGGUUCGGAAUUUAUUACUAACAGGGAGCCUUUUCAGCGGGCCACUAUUUGUUACAUUCUGCUUCCUAAACACUGUCGCCAUUACAUACAAAGCUACGGCAGCAUUACCAUUCGGCACCAUUGUAGUAAUAUUUCUGAUAUGGGCCCUGGUGACGUCACCAUUGCUGGUCUUGGGAGGGAUUGCCGGGAAGAACAGCAAGGUGGAGUUCCAAGCUCCAUGCCGCACCACAAAAUACCCUCGGGAGAUACCUGCAUUGCCUUGGUAUCGCGGGACUCUGCCACAAAUGGCUAUGGCAGGAUUCUUGCCUUUCAGCGCCAUAUACAUCGAGCUUUAUUACAUAUUCGCCAGCGUGUGGGGUCACAGAAUAUACACCAUCUACAGCAUCUUAUUUAUCGUCUUCGUCAUCCUCCUGAUCGUCACGGCGUUCGUGACUGUGGCUUUGACGUACUUCCAGCUUGUUGCCGAGGACCAUGAAUGGUGGUGGAGGUCGUUCUUGUGCGGUGGAUCGACGGGGAUGUUCAUCUACGCCUACUGCCUGUAUUACUACCACGCAAGAUCGGACAUGUCGGGAUUCAUGCAAACAUCGUUUUUCUUUGGGUACAUGGCUUGCAUCUGUUACGGAUUCUUUCUGAUGCUGGGGACUGUCGGAUUUCGGGCAGUUCUGGUGUUCGUGCGACACAUAUACCGCUCCAUCAAGUGCGAGUAGUAGCACUCCAACUCCAAUGAUCAAGUCAGUAUUCUCUAUCUCUAUCCUUUGUUGAUUAGAAUUUCAAACAACCAAUUUUGCAGCAUGACUAUAUAUAUAUAUAUAUAUAGAUCAGUAGAGGAUUCUUAUAAGGGCGUGGGAAUUCAUUUGAUCUGAUGAAUAGAAUUUUGAAUAUUAUGUUA